UCGAAGUAUUCUGAAACCUCGUGUAAUUACUCAAGAACAGUGUCAAGUUACGCUGACCUCCUAUCCGACACUUUGAAUACCCGUCAAAAAGACCUCGUCAGGAAUCAGGUAUACAAUUACUGUCUGCGCCAUGGACAGUAUUAUAAGCCAAAUCAAGAGCCUGGCUGCAGGUGCCGAUCAGGCUCAAGUCAAGCAAAUCAUUGUCUCCUUGCGCGAGGUGUCUGAUUCCCUUGAGACUCCCUUGGACACUAUCCAACGACUGGUGUAUUUGGCAUUACCACUUACCGCAAUUCGUAUUGGUAUUGAUCUCGACCUGUUCAAUUAUUUGGUGAACAACAAAGCGCCAGCGACUGUGAGCGAGUUAGCCACCAAGACUGGGGCGGCACCAGUCCUCCUAGCCCGUAUCCUUCGCUACUUAGCUUCAACUGGAAUCAUCAAGGAAACAGGAAAAGAUACUUUUACAUAUAACAACAUUACCGAAGCAAUCACUUUUCCGGGAGCGGCGGGAGCUUUCUACAACUACUUUUAUACUACUUACCCGGUUUGGCAAGAGCUGCCUGGUUGGCUUAAGGAACACAAAUACCAGGAUGUGGAGGAUAAUACCAACACACCACUGCAAAAGGCGCACAAAACAGAUCUGCCCUUUUUUAGCUGGAUGCUAACACAGCCUGAAACAUUGGCACACUUUAAUCAGUACAUGUCUGUCCGUCAUACCGGCAAAAAACAAUGGCAUGAAGUAUACCCACUGGAGGACAAGAUUCAAGGGCUCGCGCCAGAGCAAGUGUUCUUUGUGGAUGUUGGUGGUGGAAUUGGUACUCAGUCACGUGCUCUGCGUAAGAAGUACCCUGAUCCUAAGGCCAGAAUCAUUUUGGAAGAUACGCCAGACACUGUUGCACAGGCUGUUCCAUUCCCAGAUGUUGAGAGAUUGCCGCAAAACAUCUUCGACCCUCAAGCUAUUAUUGGCGCGAAAAUUUAUUACUUGCGUAAUAUCCUACACGACUUCCCUGACGAGAAGUGUGUCACAAUUCUGAAGAAUACUGCAGCUGCUCUCGCUCCAGGCUCAGUUAUUCUCCUCGAUGAGAUUGUCAUUCCUGACACUGGUGCUCAUUUCCAUGCUACUCAGCAGGAUAUAAUUGUGAUGGCUACUUUUGCCGCAAUAGAGCGAACCGAGGAGCAGUGGUACAACUUGGCUAAGAGGGCAGGGCUGAAGGUCACCAACAUAUACCUCUACAGUGACAGUGAGCGAGACAGUGUUAUUGAGAUAGUGAAGGAGUGAAAACCGAACUAGAUAUCAUAGACUUUAGCUCAAUAUGUUAUGAUCAUAACCCAAUAGACACAGUCCCAG